GUGACGUCAGUGUUCCGCCGUUCAUUGCGAGAAGAAGAGAGAAACGUGGAAAUUAAAUAGUUUUAAGUUAAAUAUGGUUUCCUGAUAUAUUUAUGUAUAGUUUAAAGUGAAAAUCACUAUUCCCGAUGGUUUGGUUUGAGCAAUAUGGUCCGGGAAUCUAGACAUCUAUGGGUGGGGAAUUUACCAGAAAAUGUUGGUAAAGAUCGAGUCCAGGAUUAUUUUAACAGGUAUGGACCUGUACAGAGUGUACGAGUGCUCCCUCGACGUGAGGAGCGGGACGGAUCCAGCUCCACCUCCGUCACUGUCGCUUUUAUCGACAUCACAUCCGCCCUCAAGGCUCGACAAUCGGAGCAUAAGUUCGACGAAAGAGUUCUAGAGACGGACUUCUACAAUCCUGAUUCCUCGGUUGCAGUCCAGGGUAGCUCCACUCUCACACAUACAGAUGAGAAGCAGACUGUAACACAGGGAGCAGGGAUAAACACGCUGGAACAGAGAUCUAGUCAGGCAUACUUGAGGGGACCUGGUCCCACCCCUCACAAGUUCAGAGGGGGAGGAUAUCAUGAUGAUUAUAGAACCAGGCCUCGUCAUCAGUAUAGAACCCCAAACUUCAACCAGGAUACGAGAAAUGGAGUGGUGGGAGUAGGUUCAUACAGGAGUAAUUAUGCGUGGAAGGAGAGGGCUGGAAGGACGGACCAAUACAACAGUGAUAAGUUGGAUAGGACCAAACCAGUGAAUGGACAUUCUGGUAUCCUAGACCACCCUCAACCAAUCAUAUCCACGCACAGAACAAAGAAGAAACGAAGAAAAUCUCGGUCUAGUGACUCCGGUUCUAACUCUAGUGGUUCAGGUUCAGGAUCUAGAUCCUCCUCUAGUUCUAGCUCAAGAUCUAGCUCCAGCGGGUCCAACUCCAGUAAAUCUAGAUCUCCGUCUAGAGCCUCAGUUACUUCAAAAAUAAAGUCUAGUUUGGGAAACUACCUACCCCAUACAGAGUUCGAUAAACAGUGUACCAUCAUAGUUCGAAAUCUUCCUCAUAGGAUCGAAGAUGUUAAGCUAAAAGACGAACUACACCAUGAGUACAAGAAAGGAGGUUGCUCCGUCAGAGCUGUCAGAAUUAAAACCCUGGCGAGUUCGCUCCGGGUUGCUAUUAUAACCUUCAGUGAUCCAGCCGACGUAUCUAAGGCUCUCGAGGAUUCAAGAAAUAAACGUAUUUUCGGAUCCUUGAUCGAAGCUGAGAAACUUAACAGUCAUCAGGAUGAGAGCACCACUAGCUUCGGAUUCAGGCCGAGAGAUUCUGAGUUAAGUGAGUUCCAUCCUAAAGCGACAAGAACUCUUCACGUUGGUAACAUCUCUAGAGAGGUGAUUCCGAACCAGAUCAACGAGAGGUUCAAGGAGUUCGGAGAGAUACUCGAGAUCGACAUCAAGAAGCCUGAUUAUGCCCUAGUUCAGUUUGUUGACAUCAAGUCUGUGGUUCGUGCAAUUCGAGCCGUGGAUGGGGAGUUGAUAGCUGGGCAGAGGGUACGGUUGGCCUUUGGUCCCUCCGUUGCUACAAAGUGUGUUUGGUGUGACGGGGUUGGGUCGGAGGUAACAGAGAAGAUGCUUCAGCAGGAGUUUGCCCAGUUUGGGAAGAUUCAAGAUCUCAUCGUUGACCGGUCCAGGGGUCAUGCUCUUGUGUACUUGGAUCAGCUGAAGAAAGCUACAAUAGCUGUGACAGAGAUGAGAGGUAGAACCCUUCUCAACUCCAGACUACAGACUGACUAUGCUAGCCAUGAAUGCCGAGCUGCAUUCUUUGACCACUGUAAGAAGUCUGGGAUGGAUGUGAGGGAGAGAGCUAAACCCUGGGACCAAGAACAUCUACCUAACUCAGAGCGCAGGGAUGGAGAUAGUCGGGAUAGAUUAGGGAGAGAGCGCUCCAUCGACUCUCGAGGAAGUGAUGUUCCCAGGGGAAGUACUCGAAGAGAAGAGAGAGGAGACCGAUCCCAUAGGAAGGGACGGGACGAAUAUGACGAGGAACUACGAAAGUUUCAGUCUGAGCGAGGAAAGUUUGACGACAGUGAUAGGUGUUUUACUCCACCACACAGACGAGCCCCUCCACCCGUCUCAAGGUCUCCUUCACCCCCCUCCCGACUAGCUCGGUCUCCGGGAGCUCAUUCGCGCUCCUCGGGAUACGAGAUCAGAAACGACGGAAGAACAUUUUCUGACCGAGAUUCCGUUGUUUCUGAUGGAUCCCGCCACGGGUCUCCUGCACGUGAUACAUACAGAGUUGGAAGAUAUAAACCAAGAACCUCAGCGAUCUCACCCCCUCCUAUUGAUUCCAGACAUAGUUCCCCUGCUCAUCUAGACGAUUAUGAUCGUCGCAGGAGAUCCUUUAGACCACUAGAAGGUGGAGAAUCCAGUGAUUACAGAAGUUCUAGACUAGGUUCCGGAGACCGAGUCAAAGAUCGGGAACGUCCGACCGAUCCCCGAGUGAUAGAACAAGACAUUGAUAAGAAAAGUGCGUAUAAGUUGGUAGGAGUGGAUAGCGGAUUGUCAGAAGAUACGAGUAGUGGCAGCAGUGGCAGUGUACCUGAUCUAGAUAAUGCUAAACUGUUGGCUAGAGUAUCUGCACCACCCCGCAGAGUUUCAACAGACUCUGCAGUCUCCCGCUCCUCCCAACCUGGGCCUGACAGCAGGCCUCCCACUCCCUCUCAUAUCCCGGUGUAUGCGGGAGCGUCCUCGCUCCUCAGAGUGAUGUCUACCACCCCCCAUGAGCUGGAGUCUGAAGCUGGGUUCGGAGCCCCUCGAACCCCUUCGUCUCCACCUCCAGACUCCGAUGGGUCUAGACCUGGGACCCCUCUCUGUGAUGAAAACCCUGAGAACCUGAUGUGUCGGCAGUCCGCUGGACCAGUCCGUCUCUCUUCUCAUCUCAGAACUUCGUCUACGUCGGAACCCAUGUCACUACCUCUUCCUAUGUUUGCACAGGAUGUUUUAUCUACCUCCCCUGGGGACAGACGGAGCAGUACAGAAAGAUUGCUCCGCCCUAAUCAGAUCUCACCACGAGAAUCCACUCACUCAGUCCUUAAGCAAGGAAGACCGGAUCUCGUUAAACUGAGUAUCGUUUCACCGACCAAGUUCGGGAGCCCCUCUCUGGGUUCCCGGGAUCCAAGACUGAAAUCCCCAAGCAUAAAGUCCCCAAGCUUGAAGUCUCCAAGCCUUCCAAUUUCAUCCCCUGCGGGAGGAUUAAUGAAAUUGCGAAUUUCUCCGACAGUACCUGCCGUUCCUAAGACUCAUUCCAAUUUGGCUUGCGCUUCUCCGGACCUUGCCACAGGGUCGUUGAUGGUGAAAAUAAACACUCAUGUCGAGACGAAACCAAAGGAUCCUCGUUUAAUGACAGGACUGCUGGCUGUAGCAGUUCCCAGUGCAAUGUCCUGUCCGUCCCCUGCCUCUCCUAGUCCCAAAUCAUUUCCCCGGGUUCCUCUGAAACCUGAGGAGAGUAAGGUUCCAGCUAAGGACCUGGAUGAAAGAAUGAAAUCCUUUAAUGAACAGUAUGAGAAAUGGUCUGGAUCUGUCAAGAUAGCAGGGCCAGGAUCAGGAAGAGCAGAUGCCUCGGGUCGGUUUAACAUUGAUCUAAGGCCGAACCAACCAUCUGCAAUUGUUCAGAAGCUGUUGUCUAGAAAAUCUGUUCUAGAUGACGAUUCUAAACGUUUAGAAAACUUGACAGCAGAGAAAGUAGAAUGUCCUGCUGAGGAGAAAUCUGAAAACUCUCCCGGACAAAGUUUUGGUGUCACAGGUUUCAAAUCAAGAGAUCUUAUGGUUCGGAAACCUAGUGGAGACAGUAUAAACAGCUUAGAUUCUCCAUUACUUCCCCUGUCCACCCCUGUCACCCCUUUCUCUACUAUUCCUCCUCUUCCCCGAGAAAAUCUUUUAAUUCCUAUUGUCUCAUCUGUGAUGUCGCCUGUCCAGUCCCUGGCUUCGGUUCGAGUUUCAGCCCCAACCAAACCUCAGCCCUCACCCUUACCAAGUAGAUCUCCUGCUCCGCAGUCCCCAUCUACUCCUAUCUCCCCGCGAAGUUUAUCUCUAUCCAGUCGUAUAUAUUAUCCCACUCCAUCUAUCCCAAUACCAGGUCAAGUUAAAGGGUUGGAUCUACCGAUCAGGCCUACAGAGGAUUUCUCCUCUAAUAAACAAUUAACUAGCAGACCCCUACCUCUACCCAACAAAGCAGGGACUGCAGCCACCUCAGCUACUGUCCCUAUUAAACCUUUAGUUGAUAAACUAGGCAAGCCAGCUGCCUUUACGAAACCUUCUGCUACAGUAACCCCUACGCUUAAAUCUACAGGGACAACUACUUCUACAGCUCGGCCUAGUUUGUCUACUACAGCCUCCACCAAGACAGUUUCAACCUGCACCAUGGUCUCAUCCGCUAAACCUCCUUCUCAUAUUAUCAUCCCGUCUGUUGAGAAGGGAGAAGCAAGUUCAACCACCUGCUCUCCCAAACUGGAUACGACUGUCCCUGCCAGCCAAACCGAACCUGUUUCUGUGGUACUGGAGACAGAUUCUGAUCCAAAUGUAACAUCAACAACAAAGGAUCCGAGUAUAGACGCCAAGAAAAAGUUGGACUCGGCAAUUUCACGAGAUCCAAUCAAAAUGAUCAAAAGGGAACUAGAUGGGUUCUCACACCGAGACAAAAAAGAUCUGAAGGAAGAAUUAUUAUUUGCACCAACUUUAAUUCAAACCAAGCCUAAAAUUGAGAAGCUGAGUAAGAAGUUUGACAUCCUUGACACGAUUGGAAAGGACGGAAAGAAGUAUAAAGAUUUGUGUUCAACCCUGAGUAAAGACAAACUUAAGUCCAACAAGGAUUCCCAGAAACACAAGCAGAAACUUAAACAUAAAAAUGAUCUGAAGGAUUUUCUCAGUGCUACUGCUACCAUCAGGAAAGAAACUAGCAAGAAAGAUGAGAAGAAACCUCAUGAAAAGGAAGAACCAAAAAAGGUCGAGGAAUCUAAGGAAAAGAAACGACGACUAAGUUCUAACUCUGAGAUAGAGGACGUGGAGCAACCCAAAUCCAAACAGGCUAAACUUAUCUCAGAGUCAGAAAAUGAACCCGACUUCAAAAAGCAGAGAUCCGAUUCAUCCAAUAAGCUGUCAAUGGGACGGAUUCCUAAGCUAGAGAAAUCGGAGAGGUCGGAGCACAGAUCAGAUCAAAAGAAGGAUGAAAUUAAGAAAGAGAAUAAACACCGUCAUUCCUCUUCUUCCACGUCCUCCAAAUCUAAAUCUAGACACGAGUCUGAUAAACACCGGCAUAAGGAUAAGAAGGAGAGUAAGGACAAGGAAGGUGAUAAAGACAAGUCAAAGAAGAAGAAAAGCAGUAAGAAUGACGAAGAGAGGAUCCGGAAACAUGAGAAAUCCAACUCGUUGUCUCUGUCAACAGAUGAUGAGAAGAUGAAGCGUGAAAAAGAAUUGAAGAGAAAGGAUUCUGAUAAAGAAAGAAGAAAGGAUAGGAAAGAUUCUGAUAGAGACAAGGAUCGAAAGGAAAGGGAACAUAAAAAAGAUUCCAAAGAUAAGUUCCGGGAGAAAGACCGAGAUAAAGAGAAGGAGCGGAGUAAAGAUAAGGAGAAAGAACGAGAACGGAAAGAGCGGAAAAGGAAGAAAGAAGAGGAGGAGGAGAAGAGGAAAAUAGAACAUGUUAAAAGAAUGAAAAGGCUUGAAAAUGACAGUAGCACGGACGGGUCUGGAACCUCGGAUGAUUCUAAACCCAAGUUCAGUAUUUUUGAUGAACCUGUGUUCGACCCGAAUAAUCCUAUUUACUUUUCAAUGUAUGACAAGGUUAAAGCGCGAAGGUCCUGUGUAAAGGCCAGGGAGGAGGAGGAGGCUAGAAAACAACAGGAAGCCCUGGAAAAGUUUUCUAAGCUCAAGGCACAGAGAGCAAAGAUUAGUGAGAAGACGAACCUUGCUUCUUCGGAUGAUUCUAUGUCCGACUGUGGAAAGAAGAUGUUGAACAUAUACGCGGAGAAUGAGAGGGAUCCAACUCACAAUAUGAAAAAGAAAUCCUCUGCUUUGAUUGUUUCCAGCUCCGAGAACGACGAGGAUGAAUUUAAACAGGAGAGACGAAGAAAGAAGAAAACUAGUUCGAGCUCGGAGAAAAAGAAAUCUUUCUCCAAGAAAUCUGUGAUGGAUUCCUCCGAAGACUCUGACGAUGAUUUAAUGGACUCCAUUAAAGCCAAAAUCUCCAAUGGAUUUCAAAGAAGUAAACCUUCUUCUGCCAUCUACAGUUCGGAUGAUGAUAGUCCGGUCAAAUCUCAUAAAAAGACUAAAAAUAAUAUUUAUUCGGAUUCUGAAUCCAAUACGGAGAGUAAGAAUGAAACUAUGGCCAAGAAAUCUAUCAAACCUAUUUCACGUGAUGAUAUGAAAAUAUCUACCAGGAUAUCUGAUUCAGAGUCGGAGCCAGGUGAACCUAAAGCCAGUGCCUUGGCAGUUCUAGCUAAGAGUAAGAGAAAGAGUCCUGUAAAGGAUUUGAUGGAGAUGAAAAAGACAACUAAACCUCUCAUUAAAUUAGAACGCUUGUCAUCCGAGUCGGAGACUGAAAGAAAACCUAGUCUUGGCUCUGACCUGAAUAUCAAACAUGAAAUCAAGUCUGAAAUUAAAACUGAGCCUUUCUUUAACGUGAAAUCUGAGCAUGAUAAGACCGCAAAAAAGAAAUCUUUCAAGAAGGAGAAAAAGAGAGACAAGGAUUCCAAAGAAAAGGAUAAAUCAGUUUUGGGACAGAAAAUGGCUAAAAUCUUCGGCACUUCUUCCGAGGACGAAAGUUUUGGACGAAACAGCAAACCUCCAACUCCAAAUACAAGUUUAAGUAAACAGGUUCCUCCUUCAUCGAAGCCUGUUGUUGCUCAGCUAAGUGUGGAUAAAGUUUUCUCCGCUGUUGACAAGAAUAAAAUGUUAAAUUCUCCAGCUCUCAUGUCAGACUCAGAUGAUGACGUGCAUAGUAGGCCUCCAACUCCUACCUUCCAAACUAAGAAAGUUGAGGACACGAAAUCUAAUUUAGCAGGAAUUAUCCAGCCGACAGCAGAGGAUUUACCAAGCAGCUUGUCAAGCAUCAAAUCCCAGGAUAGUAAACCGAAGGAGGCGGCUUCAAGGAAUUUAUUUGAUUCUAGUGAGGACGAAUGCAUCCAAAUAGAUCCUGAGGUUGGGAUUAAGAAGGAUCUAGAGAGGAGUAGGCGCCUGUCAUCUCAUGAAAGGCAGAAACAAGCAGAAAAUUUAUUUGAUAGUUUACUAACAGUGAAUGUAGAUUUGCCUGCCAAAAUGUCCCGGAAAUCCCCAGGGGGAUUAAAAUCCCCGGCUAGUGCAAAAUCCCCAGGAAUCAAAUCCGGAAAACUAAUCGAACCACAAAAAUCUCCAGGAAGCCAUCGUUCUCCUCUUCUGUCUCCUGGUGGUAAACCAACCUAUCUUCUAGCUCACACCUUUAACAAGAUGGCAAACAAGGAGGCAGAGAAGAGACAUAAGGAACAAGAGACCAAGACGAACAGGUUGAAGGUUGUGGAGAAAAAGGAAGUUCCUAAACCUAGAGUUGAAUCUUUAGCUACUGGUUCAUCCUUGAAACCAAUACUUAAGACUGGAGAUGAACCUGCGGUACUUGCGAAGAGUCCAGGUGUAGAGGCAGGAGAAGAGAAGGUGAAAUCAAAACCUAAGAUUGAAUCAGUUCCCUCAGAAUCAAACGAUUGUCAGAUUCUUUCUCAAGAAAUGGACAAGUCAUCUAGCUCUUCUUUGGAACUUAAAUCUACGUCUGAGAUGAAGUAUGAGGAAAAAACGCCCAGUGAGAACAAAACAAAGGUGUCUACAGAGAAUAAUUCAUCUUUGUCAGAAUCUGAUGAAAAAGUUGUAUCUGAAAGUGCAUCACCACAAAAGAAAGACAAGAGUCGGAAUACAAGUGAUGAGUUGAUGAUGUUUAAUAGUUCUGCUGAGUCUGGAUAUAAUAUAUUCGCUCAGGGUAACCUCGAUGCCGCCAGUUCUCCGAGCCCAGCAUCAGAUUACGAGGAAGGAAGAUUGGUUAUUGGAGACGGAGAUGAUAACAGUGAUAAUGAUGUUGUCCAAGUUGAACCAACUAAACUAUCCAGAGAGGAUUCACAUGAGGAUGAACCUGAGAUCAUAGAAGAGCACAUCAAUACUUCUCAUGGAUCUAUAAAUCUAGAAAAUAAAAUUCCUAAAACCCAAGAACCCUCAAGAGAGGAGCAGCUGGAGAAAUCUAUCGCCAGCAUCACCAGUGAGAUGGAAACCAGUGAUACAUCUAUCAAUGCUGAGCUUGCUCCUGCUACGGAGGUUGCCGAGGUUAAACAGUUUGAAGUUGCUCUGGAGAACCCGGUUGUUGAGGUCGAGCCUCCUGUCAAGAGAACCGUGAUAUCGCAGGAGGAAACUGAGAGUGCAGUCAAUGCACUGCUUGGAGAAUCAUUUGAUUCAUUUGACACCGAGGAGCAAGCGUUGAAUCAGGUUGAGAAUGUCGAGGUUGAACAGUCUGCUGGAGUCCCUGUAGAUGAUGAGGCUGCUGCAGCUGUUGCUGGUCUAGGGAUAGAGAUGACUCCUGAUGAACAGAUUCCAGCUAAUAUUUCUCCUCAAAGAACUUGGACCCGAGUAGAAACUUCCAAGACAGUGCAGCAAACAAAACCUCCUGCAGCUUUAAUAAUCCCAGCUGAACCAUCACCUCCUGAAGAGAAACCUUUGUUAUCUCCUGAAAAACCUAUAGAUGAAGAUGUUUCUGUUGAAGAAAAGACGGAGAUAGUUGAAACUAAAUCAGAAGAAGAGAUCUCAGUUCCCGAAGAACACACUUAUCGCGGUAGAGGCAGAGGACGUGGCGCACAGAAAAGAGGACGUGGAGCUACAUUAUUAACAACUCCAACUACUCCACUUUCACGGGGUCGAGGACGCGGAGCAAGGUCUGUCCGUGGUCAGGUUUCACUUGGUGCGGAUAUCAUUGAACCAAUUGUUGAACCUGAAACCGUAGAAUCAGCCAGUACUCCCCGUGGUAGAGGCCGCGGUCGGGUAGCUCGUGGUGUUGGAAGAGGAUUGAAAAGGUUUUCUACAGCUCUGAUUAAUGACGACAAAUCCCAUGAUGUGUUUGAGUUCCAGGACGAAGAUGAAGAGCCUGGCAAGGUUCAAGAAUCAGUGAAACCAGUGGUCACCCAAUCAGUAGAGAAGAAGGAGGAAGAGGUUGAACCAGAAGUUACUCGGCCUGGUCCUGGAAGAGGAAGAGGACGAGGAGGUAGGGUUUCUGUUGCUCCUCAGCAGAUCAGUCCUAAACCUGUGGCUGCUCCUACUCCUACUCCAGUAACAACUCCAAUUUCCAUCAGUAUAACACAAUCUAGUCCAGCUGCUCAUGCUCAACCCUUAAUACAAACCAUGUCUCCAAUGCAGUCUUCUCCAACAGUUACUACUAGGCUUUCCACGGAGGAGAAACUAUCUCCUUCUCUUAGUCCUGGAGCAGGAAGAACUGUUAGAAUGAGAAGAUCAACUGGUGGUAAGUCUAGAGAAAGUGAAGAAGAGUCUGCAGAUACUGAUCAUAAGAUCAAGCUGAUCCUAGAGCAGGCCAAGCAGGAGGCUGCACAACAGGCCGCUGCAGUCCUAGUCUCUAUGCCUGGUUUUGCUUUCCAGGGUGGAAUACCUAUCACUGCUGUGACUACUCAAGCUGCCCUGUUAUCCCCUCAGAGUGCGCUUCAGGCUGCUGCUCCUCCCCCAGUUCAAGAUCCUCGUAGUUCUGUUAUGUCCUUUUCUAACAUUAGAACUGGAAUACCUCAACCAACAGUACUACCACCUAGACACGAUCAGCUUGUUCGACCACCAGUCAUGGUUCCUCCAUCUCGUGCUCCGGCAGUUGUUCCUGCAGUCAUGCAAACUCCUAGAGCUCCUCUUCCUAUUCAACUACCCACACAACCUUUACCACCAGAGAGUGUGAGGAAAACUCAACCUGUGUUACUGGAACAGAAUCCAUCUUCUCCAGCUGUUCCUCAAGUUGGAAGCAUCCCUCGAACAACUAUCUCGGUUUCUCUGCCAACUGAACCUGUUCCGAGAUCUGUUGCAAUGUCCACUGGAAGCCCAGUCUCCACUAAUAUUCCGAGGAUGUCUUUGGCCAGUAUUGUCACCAGUAUGUCGAGGAUGCCACUAACAAACCCUGGAUCAAAUAUGCCACGCAUGCCGAGCUCAAGUUCUAUUAUGAGCAUGACUAGGAUGCCUGCAUCCAGUUCUAUUUUAGUGAAUGCUCGUGCUCCAGUUCCUAUGGUUGUGAGCAGUCAACUUAAUAUGGUUCGACAUCCUGGUCCUCCAGUAUCCAGGUCCAUGGUUUCCGUAACAAGAACUACUCCAUCAAUAGAGGGACAGAGAGUAUCCUUGAAACAGAGAGAAGGUACCAAGGAUCCAGAGCUAGAUCAGAAAUUGGCUCUGGAAGCAUUACUGAGUCAGCAUGCUCCACUAAAGAGAGAAUAUCUUCAACCUAGGGAACAAGAAGGACUCCGUCCUUCCAGCACUCCUCUCUCCUCCCAUUCAGAACCUCAACACCCGAAGGAGGAUGAUAAACAAGCAUAUUCAGCACAGCAUCAGCAGUUCAACGCUCAGACCCUAGAGCUUCUCAAGUUCCAGAACUACAGAGAUCUAACAAUCCUGUAUAAUCAGCUUGUCAAUGCUGGUCAUCCUGAACCUGUUGCAAUUCAGUAUGCUCAAACAUUGCUUAGAGAAAGGAUUAUGGAAGACUCGCGACCAGGUUCAGUUCCUCCAAUGCCUCAUCUCCAUCAUAUUGAAGAGGAGAGAAGAGAACCUGUUCGUCAACCUCUUCCUGCCCAUAGCUCUGGUCCGUAUAGACAGACUGAAUCUCCUAUUUUCCAUCAUUUGCCCCCAGCGCAUACCGGAAGUCAGCAUCCGUACCUAGCUCGUGAUACAGUGGGCCCUCCUAGUGCACACAUGGAUCCAUACCGUAGAGAGGAGUUAGUUCCUCCUGCAGCUCAUAGUAGUCAGAUAACUAGGUUAACCCACUCAUCAGCGGUAACAGAUUUCUCCACCAAGACCUUAAAUCCAGCGUUGCUACAACCUCAGCCUCCACCAAGUAUGUAUUCCGACUCCACCGCUCUCACCAACUACAGAAUGCCACACCUGGCAGCCUAUCCUAUCUGCUGGUCAGGGAUACUAGGCCUUAAGAACGAUAUGGCAAAUGUACAAAUGCAUUAUGUGAGUGGGUGUCGAGAUCUUGCAAGUGCAUAUCUACCCAACCAUGGAUCUACGCUCAAGAUCGUGCAGAGAAUGAGGUUAGAGGACGCUCAGAUAGACGGAGUUAAGAAGAAGAUGGAUACUAAAUCUGAGCAUUGUUUACUUCUGGCUCUACCUCAUGGAACAGACCAGGAUCAGAUAGAGAAGCAGUCCAAGAUCCUGAGGAACAACUUCAUAACCUACCUCCAGCUGAAGUCUGCUGCUGGAAUCGUUAAUGUUGUGAAUAAUGAGAACCAACCUGCUAUUGUUCAUGUUUUCCCCAGCUGUGAUUUUGCGAACGAGAACCUAGCAAGGAUUGCGCCCAACCUUCUGCAUCGAGUUGCUGAUAUUGAACAUCUUGUAAUCGUCAUUGCUACCGUCUUCAAUGAUGUCAACAAGUAAUAUGUCGUCGCCCUCAUCACCAAAGUGAACAAGUGAACCCUUUGUCACCGAUGUGAGGAAGUGUACCUCUUGUCAUCGAUGUCACCAUGUUCUACUCAUGUUCAAAUGUUUUAUUGUUCCUCUCAAUUUCUAAAGAAACCUUGUUAAAUGUUUAAAUGUUGAAAAUUUAUGAAUGCGUGGAUGGAUGAACACUUCAUUUUUUGAAUACAUCCUUUAGCAAAUAACCAAGAAAACGAAACUUGCCACUUAUAAAAUAAUUGAUUUCAGUCUGUUUGACAAACCUGAGCAUGAAGGAAGAUAGACCACAUGCGAUCCUUUCAAUUUUAAACACUUGAACAAUCUGUUUAUUCUCAAGGGGGCUCUUGAUACUAUAAACUGGUUGGAUCAACGUUUUAACCCUAGUCCUCCCCUCCUCACAUAGACAUUGUAAACUGUAUUUUCCUUUUUGUAUACUACGGGGGGACUGGAUACUGGAUAGAGAUGAGAAAAUUUUAUGUAACCUUUCCUUUUUCGUGGUUUUACUUUGAAAACUGUUAAUUGGCUGGAUAUUUAGAUACAUAUAUAUGAGACAGAUGGAAUUGUUAGGUGUAGAGGGAACACACUAGUAUUCAUUGUUAUAUCUUCAUGCCAAAUAUAUUAUUUAUAAUUGUAAA